UAAUAUAACUUUUUAGGUAUGAACGCAGCGUGCGUCUCAUACUGCGAUAUGACAUCGAUGGAUUCAUAUUAUAGCACGUCCACUCCGCAGGGUAGGGAUCACCAGGCGAACCCGUUCAGGACUUUCCCGAGCUCUGAGACCAAAUACAGCCCCACGUUCAUCCCGGGGAAAGGACAGGCUUACGGAGAGAAGUCCCGCAGUCCUUUCCAGACCGAGUGCCAGUCUCUGGACGGCUCGGAGGAGGGCAGCUUCAACAAAUACCAGCUCUUCCUGCAGAGACCGAGCUGCAAAACUCCGCCCGAAGGAAGCAAGCUGCACGCGGACAGCGGACACAACGGGAGCCUCAUCCCCUGCUAUGGAAAAGACAACAGCGGCCUAACAGAGUCCGAGUUAGCCCCAAGCGGCGACCCUCCCGGGAUGGAGGGCAGCUACCUGAACCUGAAGGCGCCGGGCGAGAAGGGGCUGAACGAGCGGCCGGGAUCGGACUUUUCCAGCCCUCUGGACAAAAGUGAGGUGGAGAGCAACAAAGGCAAGAAGAGACGCAAUCGCACCACGUUCACCAGCUACCAGCUGGAGGAGCUGGAGAAGGUUUUCCAGAAGACACACUACCCAGAUGUUUAUGCCCGCGAGCAGCUGGCACUGAGGACAGAUCUGACGGAGGCUCGUGUGCAGGUGUGGUUUCAGAAUCGCAGAGCCAAGUGGAGGAAGAGGGAGCGUUACGGUCAGAUGCAGCAAGUCCGGACUCACUUCUCUACUGCUUACGAGCUGCCUCUACUGACCCGGCCCGAGAACUACGCUCAGAUCCAGAACCCUUCGUGGAUCGGCAGCAGCGGGGCCUCUCCAUUGCCAGGUUGCGUGGUGCCUUGCGACACCGUGCCCUCCUGCAUGCCGCCUCACCCUCACGGUCCUGGAGGCGUCUCUGACUUCCUGGGCGUGCCCAGUCCAGGGAGCAGCCACAUGGGACAGACGCAUAUGGGCAACCUUUUUGGAGGGGCCGGGAUGAGCGGGGGAAUCAAUGGCUAUGAUCUUAAUCUUGAUCCAGACCGCAAGUCUUCCAGCAUAGCUGCGCUGCGUAUGAAGGCCAAGGAACACAGUGCAGCCAUCUCUUGGGCGACAUGAUGUCUCAGCCCAAGUCCACCCAGCCCCCAUUGGCCCUCUUCUCUGGAGCAGCCAUCAGCGUGGGGGAGGAGGGAGUUUUCCUGAGAGCACUAAAUGAUAACGCAGGUCAAAUGAACAGGGGGGAGACUGUGGAGAUAACCGAGGCCAUUACAGCAGCCAACGCAACCAAGAUAACAACUGUGACUGUGACAGUCCGCAGAUACUGAAAGUGAGAGAAAUCCAGAGGUGUGACGAAGAAGAAGAUGUUUGUGUUCAUUCUUGAUUCCUUGAUUUCUCAGGUCUCAUUGAAAUAUGGGGUUUAGUCCCUGAUAAACUGGGUAUCAUUCAGAAAUUCAGAAUAAGCAAUAUAAUAAAUAUGGUUUACAGGAUUUGUUAAUAGAAAUACAGAAAUUCAGUGCCAAAGCCAGUCAUAUCUGCAGUAUUAUAAAUUAAUAACUAAGCUUAUGUUAUUAAGUUCCUUAUUGUUUAUACCACCCAUCCUGCCCCAGUCAUUUUGUUUGUUAUACUUUAUAAUAACUUUUAUAAAUGAGUUCAAGUACAUAUCUGAAGUUGUGUUUUUAAAAGCCAUUCAAAAACAAGGCCAAGCUCAGAUGAACACCAAGAUGUUAAGAGCUACUUUUCUGUCACUUUCCAUUGCAUCCAAUAAUUGGUUUAUAAGAAACUUCAAAAGUUUUCUAAGGCUCCACCGGGUAGUUUAUUUGCCUGUAAAGAAGGACAGAGGUUGAAUGCAGUAAGGUAACAGAGACUAACUGAGUGAGAGCAGACAUGGCCUGUGCCAAUUUAUUCUGGGAGGAGGGCAGGCACUGGAUUGGCAGCAGUUUCAAACCAACGUGUCAUUUCCUCCCCCAGGGCUGCCUGCACAGGUUCCCCCGCUAGGCCCGGGCCUCAGGUUACAGGAAACACCGUCUCCACUGGCAGACGAGGCACAGCAACGCACAGCAGCAGCCUUCAACACCAACUAGCUACGCCAGCUUCAAUCAGCCACCAACAGGAAUAGACACACUUAAUUAGCCUCAAAGUAAGCGGUAGUACAUCACAGUGAGGACACACUGCACACACAGGUCAAUACGCUGUAACAAUCAAGUCAUGCUCAGACGAGGGCUCAGCAGAGAUGACUCUUGGAUUUGUGGCUCGCUCACAGAUUCGUCACAUGCCAGAGACGGCAGGUCUGCAUCAACGGCAUUCUGCAAUGUUUAGGUAAUGUGAUGACUUUAGAGCCGGGCUGCAGGAAUGUGGUGGAUAUGUCCCGUGAUUGCAUGGGUGUCUCUGUGCGUUACCCCGCAGGAAUACGCUUGUGACCAGAGCUGGGCUGCAGGCUGAGGCUAGAGACAGGCUUCAUUAGUCUUUUGGCUGAUCUCUGUGUGAUGCCCGCUUGGCUACAUAUCCGUUUCCUUUCCCCGGCAGCAUGAUGGCAAGAGAGUCUGGUUCUGCUCCUCAGAGGUGGUUGAUCAUUUUAACAUACGAGUGCCCUUAUGCAUGAAAGUAGGAUUGCGUCCAACGACUAUUAUUAGUAUAGAUUAAAUGUAGGUAUUUCAACCAUUGACAGUUUGGUCUAUAAAACGCCAGAUAAACAGUGAAUAAUUACAUUUUAUCCAAAUCUAUUAAAUACAAGAGGGGACAUCUU